AUGUCUAGGACCUCUAAGCACCAAGAUCUUGAAAAAUACAGUGUUUUCAUAGCAGGCCUGAAGCAGAACUUGCUUCCAGAUGAUGUAGAUCAGUGUGUUGCAUUGGCUGGACAAGAGGCAAAUAUAUCCCAGAAAGAAGUGACUAUUACUGAUUUUUGGCACCUUGCCAGCCAUCAUAAACAGCUUGUUCCCCUGCAGCUCACCUGGGCUGUGCAUUCAUGCAAGAAGGAGAAAGGGGAUCAGAGCACUAUUCACCUUGCAAAGCAUUCAGUGGCCAGAGAUCUCAGUCUGCAGGAUGCUGCUGUACCAUUAGAUCAAGUGGUUGGGCAGAACCCUGAUAUUGCUGUUUCCCCAUACAAGAGGGGUAGGGUCCUUGUUGAUGCAAGUAAUGAAGACUUGUGUCCAAGUAAUGUGCCUUCAGUCAUUGUCCCAGCUCCUGGUGAGGACUGGUAUACAGUGGCUCCAGAGCAAAGUGCAAUCUUUGUCAACAGUGAAGGUGAAAUUGAACUGGCUGUUAUCUGUGGGUGCUCUGGUGGGCACCUUGAUGUACUUGAGUGUGUGAAUGUGGUCAUAUCAGAGGCUGUCAAUGACCAUAAGGGUGUUCAUCCUACCCAUGGGGGAGAGAUGAUCCAGUAUGGGUGGAAUGCUGGGGCUUGUCACCUGCAUGUAUUUGGAUUGGUAAAAAAUUUGAAGGAUAAGAAGCUCACAGACAAUGAGACUCUGCCAGAGGAAGUGGUAGCACCAACUAAGGCUGCCAUUGCAUCCUCAGGCUUGCCACCCAUGGCAAGUGAGUGUGAUAUCAAAGAAUGUGGUUACUACUUGGACCUCCCUGUUGGCUGUCUCAACUUUGGAAGUGCUGACCAAGCACCAGCUGAGGCAUACAUGAGUCAGAAUUAUACUGUUCCUAUCCACACAGAUCAGUUGUAUGCACCCUAUGCAUUCAACUGGGUCACUGAGCACAGGGUCUGUAACAGCAAGAUUGCAGAAACCAGUGCUAGGUCAGAUCAAAGUGGUCACCCAACUGGAGGUAACUAUGUAGAUUUCUCUCUCUGA